GCUUGGAAUUGGAUACACACAGCUCGUUCUGAGCUGUGUUCAAUCUGCAUUAGUACAUCUGUUAACAAACUCAGCAGGAUGUUUAGGCUGCUAAAAAUCGCCACUAAUUCUACAAGCUUAUAAUAAUAAUUUAAUUCUAACUGAACUCUGUUGCACGAUCCGGGAAACGAAACUUAAAGAAAGUUCCGAGCAGUAAGCAAUGACUGAAUGAGUGACAAGCAUCAGUUUAAUGCCAGAUGUACAAACUACAGCUUGAGCAGCAGCUACUAGCCCUGGCAGUGAGGCUGGCACAAUGUUCAAACCCAUCAUAGAGCUUGGGAAACAAAUCUUACAUGAACGCAACCAAUGUUCUUCUUGCAGUAAAAAUAUGACUUGGAGCAAAAAAAGGCCAUUUCUCAGAGUGGCAAGAAAUUUCUUUUUGUGGCUUGCACAGUAGAUUGUUGUAGGUCUGUAGGUAUAUUGUUGACUUCUAAAAAAGACUUAAUAUCUUAACCUUCUUGGCCUUAUGAUGUUUUAAAAAUCGUGUCAGAAGUCACCAUGAAAGAGACAAAAAGUGUUCAAGCUUGUAGUAAUUUUCACCCGUUUUAGGGCUUUUGCCCUAAAUUUUUCUCUCAAAAGGAGAGAAAAAAGUCCAUUUUCCAAAAUUACCCAUGAAAGAAUAGUUUUCACCUAUAGUUUUUUAAUUUGCUUAAUGAGGCAGAUUGUUUUUUUUUUUUGGAUUCUUAUAUGGAAUAUAUCUAUAGUUCUAGCAGCCACUAGCUCUUUCCCUCCAUUUUCACAGGCAGGUAAUUUCUGCUAGUUUAAUUACCUCCUAUCCUAUUGCUAAUAAAAGUGCUUGAUUAGGCCAAAGAUUCAAAUGUAACAAAAGUUUUCACUUUGGAGCUGUGAAAUUUCAUUCAUAACUAAUAAAAUUCCAAUCCAUUGAUCACUAUGCCCCAUUCUAAUAUUGGAAAUUUCCUAAUACUAAAAAUUUGCACCUCUAUAAGGAGACAUUUUUUAGAACUUGGUAAUCAUGUGCUACAUAUAGCUUGAUUAGCAUGUGCUUUUGUUGAUAAUUAGACAGAUGAUUUGACUUUUGGGAAUCCCACAGCCUUUAAAAUUGCAGGAAAGCUUUGGUUAUGGCUUGGAAAGAAGACAUUCCUGACAUUGAAUACUGCAACUGUCUGAGCUGAAUUUAGCUCAUUCCAGCCAUUUUUGAUCUUGUUUUACAAUAUUUUGUACUGAUAAAGAGAUCUUUACACGAGCCAUCUUCCUUGAAAAACACCAAAAAUUCUCAUCUUAUAUGUAGUGAAAAUUCAGAUUUUUUAUCAUUUUCAUAAGUUAAUUCAAUGGAAGCUAAAAUUAAUUUGAUGUCUAUACUCAACAGUAUUCCAGCUUAUACUAUUUCCACUAUACUUGAUGUCUAAAAGAGGAUUUGCAAUCACAACCCAUUCACCUAUGUCCUAUUUUUUCCAGUAUUUGUGUCAUCACUGCAGAUUAAAAUAACGAUGGGAAAAAAUAAGAAAAUCAGAGAUGAGGCUGGGCAAGCUCCUGACAGUGAUGGUGAGGAGGCUGGGGGGAGUGAACCUGUGACCAAUGCUUGGAAUAUGCCUGUGCCUAAAUUUAAGAAGGGUGACAUGAGGCAUGGGCUUGUUGAGAUGACUUCAUUUUCUGUAAAUUUUCCUGAAUACCGUGAAGCUUACUUGAAGAAAUCUCUUCCCAUCCUGGAAAAAAUUAUGAAAGAACACAAUAUUAAAAUUGUGCUGGACUGCCCCAAAGGCCAGCUGACUGUGUCAACGACCAAGGACACAUGGGAUCCAUAUGCAAUAAUGCUCGCAAGAGAUUUAAUAAAACUCAUCAGCCGCCAUGUCACUAUUGAAAAAGCUGUUAAAGUAUUUGAUGAAGGAGUAACAUCAGAAAUUUUAAGGAUUAAAGGCAUGUGUAGAGAUAAAGAAAUAUUUGUGAAGCGCCGCAAUCGCCUUCUAGGACGCGACAACAACACUCUUCUAGCUCUUGAGAAGCUCACGGACUGCACAAUAACGGUGCAGGGCGGCACUGUGGCAAUCAUUGGGCCCUACAAGGGCGUGCUGAAGGUGAUGAGCGUUGUAAAGGACUGCAUGAGCAACGUGCACCCACUGCACCUACUCAACUCCCUGCACCUGCAGAAAGCCUUCAGCGAAGACCCCAGCUUGAAGGACGAGGACUGGUCUAAUUUGCUUCCAGUCUACAAAGCCAAAACUGCACAGAAGAAAAAGAAACCCAAGAAACAAAAGAAACCGUACAAUCCCCUCCCACCUCCGCAAAUUGAAAGCAAGAUGGACAAAGAGAUGGAAGAGGGAUCUUAUUUCCUUACCAUGAUAGAAAAGAAGAAAAAACAAACGCAGCAAGACAAGGAACAGCAGCGCGCAAGAUCUGAUAAGAUACAGGCUGAGAAGCGGGCGCUGCCUUACGUGCCUCCUGAGGAGCCUGUGGUCAAGAAGGCAAAGGUCAGCAAGAGUGAUGACGUUGACAUUGAAAAGCUCAAGAAGAAAGUUAGUGCACAGAAGAAGAAACUUAAGAAAAAGAAGAGCAAGAACGAAUCUACGGCUCUCGAUUAAAUGUGUGUAUCGUUU